AUUAUCAUCCCAAUAGUCGUCAAGAAUAAACCCUAACGUCGCCACCUUCACACCUCCCUCUCUCUCCCUCUCAUACCCUUCUGCAACUCUCCUCACUCCACAUUCCGAUUCUUCUGAAGCUCCAACAAUGGCGUCCUACGACUACGAUGACUCUCGCGCCGGCUACGAAGAGUCUUCGGCGACUCAACGAGGCUCGCAAACACCUUCCUCCGGCCAGGACCUCGGCUACGACCCGAACUACGUCCCCGAUUCCGUCAAAUCCUUCGUCGUCCAUCUCUAUCGUCACAUCCGCGAGAAGAACGUCUACGAGAUCCACCAGAUGUACGAGACGUCGUUCCAGACCCUCUCGGAGCGCCUCUUCAAGGACACGCCAUGGCCCUCCGUCGACGCCGUCGCGCCCUGCGUCGAUAACGACCACGUCUUCUGCCUCCUCUACCGUGAGAUGUGGUUCCGCCACCUCUAUGCCCGCCUCACCCCCACGCUCAAGCAGAGGAUCGACUCCUGGGACAACUACAUCAGUCUCUUCCAAGUCGUGCUCCAUGGCGUCGUCAACAUGCAGCUUCCCAACCAGUGGCUUUGGGAUAUGGUCGAUGAGUUCGUCUACCAGUUCCAGAGCUUUUGCCAAUACAGGGCUAAGAUGAAGAACAAGACCGACCAGGAGAUUGCGCUUCUGAAACAGUUCGAUCAGGCAUGGAACGUGUAUGGUGUGCUCAACUUCUUGCAAGCGCUUGUCGAGAAGUCCAUGAUUAUUCAGAUUCUCGAGCGAGAGAAGGAAGGGCUUGAACAGUUUACUUCCUUGGAUGGAUAUGAUUACAAUGGUGGGAGUAAUGUCUUGAAGGUAUUGGGAUACUUCAGCAUGGUGGGGUUGCUGCGAGUUCACUGUCUUUUGGGUGAUUAUCAUACUGGUCUCAAACGGUUGCUUCCAAUUGACAUUAGUCAACAAGGUGUUUACUACACGGUUAUUGGAUGCCACAUUACCACAAUAUAUCAUUAUGGAUUUGCUAAUCUGAUGCUAAGGAGGUACACAGAUGCAAUUCGUGAAUUCAACAAGAUUCUCUUGUACAUCCAUAGAGCUAAAAAUUACCAUCAUAAAUCUCCACAGUUUGAGCAGAUUUUGAAGAAGAACGAACAGAUGUAUGCCUUGUUGGCAAUUUGCCUUUCACUUUGCCCCCAGAUGAAGCUUGUUGACGAAGUUACUGUAAAUGCUCAGUUGCGAGAGAAGUAUGGUGAAAAGAUGAUUAGAAUGCAAAGAUAUGAUGAUGAGGCAUUUGCAAUUUAUGACGAGCUCUUCUCAUAUGCAUGUCCAAAGUUCAUUACCCCUUCGGCUCCAAGUUUUGAGGAGCCUCUUGUAAAUUACAAUCAGGAUGCUUAUAGACUUCAGUUGAAAUUGUUUCUUUAUGAAGUGAAGCAGCAACAGUUGUUAUCAGGUGUCCGUACCUUCUUGAAAGUUUACUCGACCAUCUCUCUCGGGAAACUAGCGAGCUACAUGGAAGUGGAUGAACCCACCUUGAGGACUAUCUUGAUGACGUACAAGCACAAGACACAUGCUGUUGACAGUGAUGGAAAAAUAAUCUCCAAUGCUGAUGUUGAUUUCUACAUUGACGAUGACAUGAUAUUCGUGGUAGACUCCAAAUCAGCAAAGAAAUAUGGGGAUUACUUCUUGCGUCAGAUUGUCAAGUUUGAAGGGUUAAUGAAUAGCCUGGACGCGGUAAAGCUGGGUGGGUUCACGAAUAAUCCGGAUGGGGUAAAGCUGAAAGGGUUCGUGAAUAAUCUGGAUAAAUGAAUUGCUAAGAGUUGGUGUUAACCGUUCUGCUCGUCUUUUCUCUUUUCAGUUGAUGAUUUUGGUUAUUUUUAAUUUUAUUUUAUCCCCUUUUUUAUUCGUCUAUUUCUCAGCCAUAUACAAAUCUUGUACAAGUGAAAGUAGUUGGCUCUUUAGAUAUAUAAUUUUCAGCCUUUUGCUUUAGCAACUUUUGAUUAAGAGAUGAAAAAAUCCUCCCCUUAUGGGGUUUUUGCAAA